AUGGCGCCCGUGCCACCCGCCCUUGUGUGUGUGGUGGCGGUUGCCAUGGUGGCCACCAACAGCCACCUCCUGCUCAUCACCCAUCGCAUCAGCACCAUCAUCAAUGUCUCCCUGGAGGUAGUGAACACCCUCUGUCCCACCGUUGAGUACCUGCACGUCCCUGUGAUGGAUGCCGCUGCCACCCACAUCUCCAGCUGCUUCAACUCCAUGGCAGCUAAGAUCCACAGCGUGGGGACGCACAGGGGCCCAGCGCUGCUGCACUGCACCGCCGGGGUGAGCAGGUCCCCACCAUCUGCUUGGCCAAUCUCCGGAAGCACCACUCCACGUCCCUGGGUCAAGUCCUGCCGUCGCAUCGUAGAACCCAACAACGGCUUCUGGCAGCAGCUCAUCCACUACGAAUACAAACUUCGGCGUCAACAGGCUCCGAAUGAUCAGCUCUCUGUCAGGAACGAGACCCAAUGUUUAUGA